AUCUUUAAAAUAAAUAUCUUUAAAGUAAAAAAAAAUAUGGAUAUAGAAUAAUUACAUUAAUAUUAACUUUCUCAAUAAUUUGCUUGUCAUACAUAAGGUGUUAGAUGUGUCCAUAUAGAAAAAAACUUCCUUAUAAGUGGAUCUACAGAUAAAACUGUAAAAAUAUUCUAAUUUGUAUAAGAAUUAAAGAAAUACGAAUUAUUAUAUGAAGCUAACUUUUUCGACGAUUAUAUAUACUCAGUUAAAGUCUUACAAAAUGGAAAUGGUUUUAUUAUUGGAAGUAAAGAUAAAAAUAUAUAUAUAUUAGAUUUAAGUGGAAACCCAAUAUAAGUAUUAAAUGGACAUGAAGGACCAGUAAAUAGUUUAUGCCAAUAUAAUGAUAAUACAUUAAUUAGUGGAAGUUGGGAUGCAAGCAGUCGCAUAUGGAAUUUUCAGGAAGGAAAAGAAAUAAAAAAACUGGAAGGUCAUUCUUAUGCUGUAUGUGUUUUGGGAAUUAAUAGUUAAGAUUUAAUUAUUACUGGCUCUUAGGACGGAAUCAUGCAUUUCUGGUAGUUUUCUAGCUUUAAAGAAAUCAGGAAAAUUAAGGCUCAUAAAGAUAUUAUUAGGGAAAUUCAAUAUAUUGAAGAAAGUGGACUUUUAUUGAGCUGCUCAAAUGAUAUGACGCUCAAAGUUUGGAGUUUAGAAGGAGAUUAGGUUAACGUUUUAGAAGGACAUAGUGGCUUUGUAUUUAGUUGUGUAUGCUUUUCAUUCGGAAACUAUGUUUCGGGAGGAGAAGAUGCCUUAAUGAAUAUUUGGAAAGGAGAAACUUGUAUAUAAGGUUUAAAACAUCCAGGUACAGUAUGGAAUAUAUGUAUAAAUAGAUAUAAUAUGGAUAUUAUUAGUGCCUGUUCAGAUGGUAAUGUGAGAGUUUUUGUAAAAGAUGACGCAGAAAGGACAGCCGGGAGGGAAGAAAUUGAAGAUUUCGAGAAAAAAGCAGCAGUUUAGAAAGGCGUUUCAAACGAUGAAAUAUCUAAACUGCCAAAAGUAGAGGAAAAAGAGAGUUUUUAAGGGAAAAAAAAAGGGGAAAUUAAACUUUUUAGAAAUGGAGAUGUCGCCGAGGCUUUUUAAUGGGAUUUGGAGAAAGGAAUAUGGGAAAAAAUAGGGGAAGUUUUAAACUAAUAAAAUGGAUCUUUUUAGAAAAAACUUUAUGAAGGAGAUAGCGUUUUUCCUAAAGGAAAUUACGAUUAUAUUUUCUAGGUAGAAGAUGAUAGUGGAUUUUAAAAAAAGUUGCCUUUUAAUAAUAAUGAUAAUCCUUUAGAAAUCGCAGAAAAAUAUUGCGUUAGGGAAUAAAUUAGUAAGGGAAAUGUUGAAUAAAUUAGAAAAUUUUUAAUAGCUAAUUCUAAUUGUACGUAGAAUCAAUAAUAAUAAUAAGGAUAAUAAUCACAACAACACUAAAACUACUAAAACUAAUAAGUUUAAAAAAAAGAUAAAACAUAUACAUAUUUUACAGUUUCAAAUUUAAAUUAUUACGAACAAAUGAAUAUAGAAGGAAUGAAGAAAAAAUUUAACGAAAUAAACUUGAUUUUAAAGGAUACAGACCAUUAUUUAAACGAUAAACAGCUUUUCUCUUUAAACUUUAUGUUAGAUAUGUUAUAAAAGACUAAUAUGUAUCAUAAUUCUAAGCUUUCUUAGCCUCAAUUAGAAGUUUUUACUUUAAAAUUAUUAAAAUGGCCUUAAGAACAUAUACUUCCUGUAUUAGAUUUAUUCCGUAUUUUUGCUCUACAUCCAUAAUCAGACUCACUAUUUACAGGUGUAGAUAGUGGUUUAAAUUAUUUUACGAUUUUAAUAGGCGGAUUGGGUAGUUUAAAUGAAAUUGGAAAGGGUUUGAUUAUGAAGACUUUAUGUAAUUUAUUUUCAUAGACUAACGGGAAAUAUGGGAUGUUUUAACAUUGUAGAUUUUUAAUUGAAGGAAUAAAGUAUUUAAGGAAUUCAUAAAAUUAAAAUUUGAGAAAUUGCCUUGUUUGUUUUUUUUAUAAUGUUUCGGCGGAAAUCGUGUUUAAUUAAAAUUAUAAAAACGAGAAUAUUUUAGCCUUUUUAGAAGAAUUAAUCUAAGUUUUCUAAACUGAAAAUAAUCCCGAUAAUAUUCUUAGGAUUUUAAUUAGUUUUGGAAAUUUCGUUAUUAAAUAUGAAAACGUUAGUAAAUAAGUUUUAUAAAAAGUAGAUUUCGCCGGAAAACUAAUAUAAUUUUAAGACUAAAAAAUUUAAUAAUGUCUAACUGAAUUAAACGAUGCAUUAGAAUAUAUAAUGCCCUUAAUUUUAAUUUCCUAUAUGUACAAUUACUGCGAAAAAUUUUGA